AUGUCUAUGUCCACUCGAUUGAAACUUGUAUCAAAAUUAGGAAUUGAUUACCCCAUUUUUUUAUCACCAAUGGCUGGAGUAUCAACUAUUGAUAUGUCAAUAGGUGUUAGUAAUAAUGGUGGAUUAGGUUCGAUUCCAUUAGCAUCAAUUGAUUUCCGGAAACAAGAUUCUAUUGAAAAAUUAGAGAAUUUGAUCAUUGAAUAUAAAAAGAAAUUGAUCAACUCAACAACAACAAAAACAAAAACAAAAACUAAGGAUAAUGAUCAGUUGGUGGUUAAUUUGAAUUUUUUUUGUCAUGAAAUUGAAAAUGAACCAAAUCAACAACAAAUUAAUAAUUGGAAACAAUUAUAUAAACAAAGUGUGUUUGAUAAUAAUACUGAAGACGAUGAUGCAUUUAAGUUGUUAGACGAGAUUCAAUUCAUUAAUGGGAAUGUUUCAUUUAAAGAAAUUGAAAAUAAUGAAAAUCACAUUGAUCAAUAUAAUAAAUUAAUGGAAUAUUUAGAACAAUUAAAACCAAGUAUUAUUAGUUUCCAUUUUGGUAUGCCUUCCCCUAAAACCAUAAAGCGACUUCAAAAUCAAGGAAUUAUGAUAUUUAUAACUAGUACAUCCUUAGAAGAAACAAUCUACUUAACAAAUAAUAAUAAUAAUAAUAAUAAUAAUAAUAAUAAUAAUAAUAAUAAUAAUAACAAUAACGACGACGACGACGCCAAAAUUGAUGGGAUAAUUUUACAAGGUUAUGAAGCUGGUGGACAUCGAGGUAAUUUUUUAAUAAGUGAUGAUAAAUUUGAUGAAAAAUUAUCUACUCAUUCAUUAUUUAUUCAACUGAAACAAUAUCUAGAUGAAAAUGUUACUACUGGCUAUAAACCAUAUCUUGUACCUGCUGGAGGAAUAAUUGAUAUAGAUACUAUAAAUUAUUAUUUAUCAUUAGGUGCUGAUGCCGUUCAAAUGGGUACAGCAUUUUUAGCUACACCAGAAUGUAUCAAUCAUAAAUUUUUCAACACCAAUAAUAUGAGUGGUCAACGAAAACCUACAAUUAUGAUUGAUUUGGUUUCGGGGAAAUUUGCUCGAACCGUAACAACAGAUUUCAUAACCAAUUUAAUCAAAAAUAGUAAUAAUAAUAACAACUACUAUACCAAAAAUGAAUUACCUUCUUAUGGAUAUGCAUAUCAUGGAUAUAAAUCAUUAAAAUCAAUUAUUAAAAAUCAUACAAAAAAUAUUAAAGAUAUUAAAGAUAUUAAAGAUAUUAAAGAUAUUGGAUUUUAUUUGGCAGGACAAAAUUAUUAUCAAAUUGAAAAAAAUAAACUGACUCAAGAAAUUAUGAAAAUAUUAACCAAUGGUAUAGAUAGAGAUGUUUUAAAGUAA